GGGUGUGCUGCUGCGCCCUCCGGGUAGGGCCUCCGGGUAGGGCUUCCAUCGAAAUACAUUUCAGCCCAGAACCUACUUUUUUGCGAGGGAAGCCGGGAUGGGCAUCUAGCGUUGUGAUAAGAGGGUUGGGGGAGUCGCAGAUGUUCCUCUUGGCCGCUGCCAUUCCGUGCGUGUCGCCAGUUGGACACGCGGUCGCAACAAUUCGACGUGACGGGACCAUCUUCUGAAGCUCGUUCUCUUGCACGGCCGUCAAUACCUGGAUUUUCCUCGUCUGACAGUGCAGGGAGCGAUUCGUCAAGAUGGUGAGCGCAAGGAAGCCGAAGAAGGUCCACGAGAGCAUCAACAACAGGCUGGCUCUCGUCAUGAAGAGCGGGAAGUACACACUCGGCUACCAGACCGUACUGAAGUCUCUCAGGGGAGGGAAAGCGAAGCUGGUCAUCAUUUCGAACAACUGCCCGCCCCUGAGGAAGUCAGAGAUUGAGUAUUAUGCUAUGCUGUCCAAGACCGGAGUUCAUCACUACAGCGGAAAUAACGUCGACUUGGGGACUGCUUGUGGCAAGUAUUUCCGAGUCUGCUGCCUCAGCAUCACAGAUCCCGGUGACUCUGACAUCAUUCGUUCCAUGCCAUCUGAGUAAGAAAACGAUGAUGGGUCUCCUCGAGUUGUGAACGCAAAAGUAUGGGUGAGGGCGAGCGACGUCGACGCCUGAGCAAUAGGGAUCGCCGUAGGGAGCAACUGCGAUGACGGCGGAAUCGAACGUGUGAUGAUGACGGGUUUGUGGUAUUUGGAUUUGGUAACGGUGUUAUCAUCUUCCACGAUGUUUACAGGGAGAGGAGGGAGUAUCCUGUUCUGACAGGAUGAUGUUUUUGGUACAGUUUUCGUUUUGAAUAGAGUCGAAUUUUUUUACGGAUACGGAUCAAACACAAUUUAACUGUGGCUGGCGCUUGUUCGGUUGAAGAGCUGGUUUUCAUUGAGGCUUCCUUUCGUCAGUUGCUGCCGUUAUUCAGCUCGAUGUACGCUCGCAGUUUUAGCUCUCUUGCCCUUACAUCUUUUUAUGGUCUUGUCGAUCCUCGAAGGUUAUUCUGAUUUGGUUUAUUAUGAUAGGACAGUAUCUCGCCUCGUUGUUUUUGUAAAAAAAAAGACAACAAAAUAGAAAAACAUCUUGCCUCGUUGUCAGGCGUAAGCAUCUGAACUUGGGUAUUCUGUUCGUUUACCUUCUUCCCCCGAAUGCAACGUACGGUUAUUAUAGCUGUAUUUGGGUUACCUUUCAGUCUAAAUACAGCUGUAGUGACUGGACGUUGAAUUCGGAGGAAGAACGUGGUUGAAUUGUCCGAGAAGCGGAAUCCAUAUUGGGAAUCAUAAAUAAUUGAAUGAGUAAUGAAUUGCUUCGGCUUAA